AUGGUGGAGAAGAAGUGGAAGAUGGUGGGCUACAUCGGUCCGCAUCGCAUCUACAAAAUCGCCGCUACUCAACUCGUCUACCUUCCGCAUCCCUCGGUCCGCAUCCACUCGCUCGACGAGGGCAGGUACACCUCCAUCUUCUCCAAGAUCGAGCUCGUCCACGACUUUUUCUUCUCUUACACCUACGACCUCUCGCACUCGCUGCAGUACAACAUGAAGCAUCCGUACUCGCGGACGGCGCUGCUCAACGCCGGCGUGGUGCAGCCGCGGACGACGUCAUCGGACGGGUACGCAGCGUCGGAGCCGUCGUUUCCGCACCCUUUUGCGUCGAUGCCCGACGAGCGGACGUGGAUUUGGAACCUGUACCUGCUCAAGGACGUGUGGCCAGCCCUCACUCGCAAGGACUGGGUCCUGCCUGUGGUGCACGGCUUCUUCCGGCAGCGGAUUGUGACGGUCUUUGACGCGCCGCUGGUGCUGACGCUCAUUGCGCGGCGGUCACGGUUCUUUGCUGGGACGCGGUACCUCAAGCGCGGAGUCUCUGACCGCGGCAAGGUGGCCAACGAGGUGGAGACGGAGCAGAUUGUGGCCAACAUGGCGAGCGCGCACUUUGACUCGGGCUCGUUCGCGUCGUACGUCACGCUCCGCGGCUCGAUUCCGCUCCACUGGUCGCAGGAGCAGUCGAUUGUGACGCCCAAGCCGCCGAUUGUGCUCCACGCGCCGGAUCCUGCGUACUCGGCCACAGCGCUGCACUUUGAGGAUUUGUAUCGGCGGUACGGCUCGCCGCUGCUGGUGCUCAACUUGGUGAAACAGCGCGAGAAGGUGCCGCGCGAGCAGAUCAUUGGCAUCGAGUUUGCGCACGCAGUGGCCAAGCUCAACAAGGCUAUUCCUCCGGAGCACCGGAUCCGGUUCCAUGCGUUUGACAUGCACCGGUCGGCCAAGACUAAGGACUCGGACGUGAUUGCCGAGCUCACGGCGCGGGCCAAGGCCAUUGUGGCCACGACCGGGUUCUUCCACGCCGGCUACCGGCCGGCGCGGGUGGAGGCUGAGCUCGCGCGCAACCCUGUGAUGGCGGCCGAGCUCGAGUACGAGGCCACGGCGUACGGGCGGGACAGGCUCGGGCUGGAGCAAGUUGGUGUGGCGCGGCAGAACUGCAUCGACUCGCUGGACCGGACUAACGCGGCGCAGUUUGUGCUCGGCAAGGUGGUGCUCGGGCACCAGCUGUUUGCGCUCGGCCUGGCUGACUCGCCGGACCUUGAGUUUGACACGCUGCUGAUGGACGCGGUGACGCUGAUGUACGAGGAGAUGGGCGACCACAUUGCGCUGCAGUACGGCGGCUCGCAACUGAACCAUCGGGUGGCGACGUACCGCAACAACACAUGGUCGUCGUACUCGCGCGACAUGAUGACCGCCAUCCGGCGGUACUACUCCAACUCGUUCACCGAUGCCGAGAAGCAGGAGGCGACGAACCUGUUCCUUGGGCUCUACGUCCCGCUGCCGGAGAAGAAGCACUUGUGGGCGCUCGAAACCGACUUUUAUCUGCACAACGAGGUCAUUCCGCGGUUUGUGGCGCCGCGGCUCAAGCUGCAUCCGACGUCUGACGCGGCGCACCUCUCGAGCCUCCCGUCGCUCCUCGAGUGCAUCCGGCACGAGGCCGCGUUUUGGUCACGCGGGCUGGCGGCGCACGACCAGGUUGCGGCACAGGUCGACGCGGUCGGGGCGAGUCUGCAGCUCGAGCCGGCGGCGGCCGACUCGUUCUAUCAUGCGUAUGAGUGCUACAAGCUGACGCAGCUCACCGAGCACCUGCAGACGUACGCCAAGCUGGUGGUGUACAACGAGUCGGACUUUGGGUCGUCAGCGGUCGGUGAGGAGCCUGAUGCGGGCAAGCGGCGGAGCGGCCUGUUCCGGCGCAAGCGCAAGGCCGCCGAGCCGGAUAAGCGCUCGAUCUACGUCUCGCCGUUUAUGCGGUCCAAGGGCGCCAUCUCGUCGGGCGGCAAGUCGACGAUCGAGCGGCUUGGCGGUGUCUCGCGGUGGAUGCGGGUCAAUGCCUCGAUCUCGUCGCGGAGCGCAAAGUACACGGCACGGUCGCGGAUCGACGCGCCCGAGCCGUUCCCGGAGCCCGAUGCGGAGCUCCGGCCGCUCCCGGAGGCGGAUGCCGAGCUGUAUGCUACGUACGCCUCGCUCGCCGAGACGGUGCUCACCCCGGCGACGGCGCUCGCGCCAUGUGCGAGCUACGCGUGGGAUGCGGCGUCGACGGCAGGCGUGGUGCUUGACGUCGGCCAUCGCGGCGACGAGUACGAGGCCUAG